GCAAUUUUGAAAUACUAACAACUAGUGUUUACUGUCAGUUAUCUGAUAUAUUCCCAUGACUGGAUUGUACAAUCUAAUUACUGAGGCAUUAUCAGAAGAAGAAAUCAUAUCUGAAAUAAAAUCAGCCAUUCGAUUGGAAGAUAGUGAUGCUUUCCCUGGAAAUAAGUGUCAAUUAUUAGAAUUGUUAAGGUCAAAAGGUAUUGUUGAUAAGCUGGUUCACAUAAUCAAAUCCAAGGAGAAAUCAAAAUCUGUUUUAAGUGCUGGACAUGAUUUGAGUUUUCAAGAUAGUAAUUUCCACAUACCGAAUGCCAAGCUGAUCUUAAUUGUUGAGAUUUUACAAGGAAGGGCAUUCACAAACCAUCUUCAAACUUACGAAGAUAUCCAAAUUGAGGAAUCUAAAAGCUCUGAUAUUAAAAUGCAACUGGACAUAGGGUAUAAAAACUCUAGAUUUCACGGCAGACACUUUCACUGUUCCACAGAACCAGUUAUCAACCAGUCCUUUUGUUUUGAACUUCAUUCUGACGACACUGAUGAAAAAAAAGAUUGAAGCUUAAAGAAUGUUAGAUACUUUCCAUUCUCAUCCACGUGAAGUCCUUUACUCGUAUUUUUGUCUUCACAAGUUAAAUCUUGAACAACUAUUGGUCGGUAAACCCAUCUCCUUAAUACAAAUUGUAAUUACAUCAACUAAAUUAUCGACGGGAAGAAGGAGUUUAGUUGCUUCAGCCUACUUUGAUUGGCGUCCAUACCUUCUGGGUAACUCGAAGUGUACAGAAGUCAACCCUUAUCACUGGACUACCAAUGCAUCUUUGGAACUACAGAGCACAGAUCCUGAUUGCAAAGUACCUGCAGGUAUUCUUGAUUUACGGCUUUCUUUAAUAAGUCCUAAAGAAUUCACUGAAACAAAAUACUGUCAUCGUUCAGAAAAUCCACUAGAUUCGAAAAAGUCUAACAUAACUCACCGUGGCUCAUAUAGAUUAAAACAACUCUCACCUUCAUUAACACAAGCACAUUUUCAGUUAGAAUCAGCCCGAGCUGUUGAAAGAGAAAAUUCAUUUACCAAUUAUGUUCGUCAAUGGUGGCGUGAACUGACACAAUUACGUGAAGGCUUUUUCGCAGAUCGACUUGUUAAAAUAUUUGCUACUGAUGAGAAUGGACAUACACAAUUUGUCUGCAAUUACAUUAAUCCUCUGAGUGUGAGUUAUGUAAUUGAGACUCCAUAUGUAGCUGUACGUUUUAUUUCCACUAUACCAUAUGAACCAUUCCAUGGUGUUGGAUCAGGGAUAAAAGAACGUUGGUGUUCUGGAUUAGCUUUUGUAUCUUCUAAUCGUGGUGAUGUACCUGAUCAUGCAAAUCUACUAUGUUGUCUAUUAUUGGGCUAUGGACUUGAAGCUUAUGUUGCCUUAGGUACAUGUCAAUUCAAUGUAAAUCAACAAGUCACACAUACACCAUUACACCCAUAUGCAUGGGUUGUGGUUUGUUCUGAUAAUUAUCAUAAAAUCACAUUUUGGGAUGCAAUAACUGGACGUCGUUAUGUACACACAACUGGUUGUUGUGAACAAGUCACAUAUCCUUCACCAUUCGUUACAAUCGGAUGUUUAUAUAAUCAUGCUGCGUUUUAUGCUAACAUUCAGCCUACUGAUAAAGUGAUCGACUGCCUAUUCAAUUUAAAGGAUUCAUCACAAUGGCGUCCAAUGUCAUCUGAAGUAAUUCAAACUGUGCAUAAACAUUCCUCUUUAUACCUGAGAAAAUUAAAUCCACCAGUUCAAAAUAUCAGUGAAAUAACACUCCAAUGUCGUGAAAACCUACGUCGUCUAGCUGACAGAUGGCGUAUGGAUAAGUUAGGCUGUGAUAAUAAUUAUCUUUGGGAAUGGGACAAUAAAUUAGAAGAACUAUUACUUCCGUUAAUAUCUUCUUAUGAAGCAGAUCAAAAGAGAUUGUCGAAUUACUGUACAAAUGAUAAUGUUGGAGAAAUACAUGAUCAGUUUGAAAAUGAAUUGAUUAUCUCUUCAAUUCAUCGUUAUGUACCCAAAGAUUUUAUAUUUAAAUCUUAUCCUAUCCAACUGUUUCACUGCAAUCCACAACGGAUACUACGUAGUUGUCUACGCUCACAACUGUGUCGGGAUAUACUUGGUUGUCGGGUGAUCAUGUACGAUUUGCACUUGGUGUACGUGUUUAUUCUUAUGCAGAGAAUGCAACUGUUACAUGGGUUAUACUUGCAUGUUUAUACAAAUCUGUGAUAUAAAAUAAUAAAGCAAAGUCAACAACCUCUCCUUAUAAAAUGCACACUAAUUUAGAAAAAAGAAACAAACAAUUUGAUUAUUUUCAUUUUAGGAAAUUUUUACUAUUCUUCGUAUUAUUAUUUAUUCCUUACAGUUCAGGUGGUGUACAUAAAUUCCAUUUCAGUAUGUUAAUUUCUCAGGCAACGUAACCAGUACAACAGAUAUGGAUAUAUUUUCAUUUCAUUUUGUUUAUCCAUCACCGAUACUUUUAGCUGAUAUUGAAGAUAAUCGCUUGUGGUUCUUAACAGUUUGUUGAGGUCAACUGGUUGUUAUAUUCUUGGAAAAAAUGUUCACUUUGUCCAUGUUGGUCGUGAUGAGUUAGUUGUACUCGCGGCUACAGAUGAAUUCAAUACUGAUUAGAGAGAAAACAAACAAAUUUUUAGUCUUAUGGUAAAAGCAUUCGAAUCUGGUUUACUAAUAAAAAUGUGAUAUUCGAUUGAAUUGCUUUGAUGUAGUUGAAUAAAUACACUGAAAUACUGAAGUAA